CGAAAACGAGCGACGUUGAAGGCCAGGCCAGGGGAGCGAGCGCAGGGUGCCAGAGAGUGGGAGGGGAAGGCAGGGAGAGGGAGAGGGAGAGGAGAGCGAGCGAGCGAGCGAGGGCAGGGGAGGGCAGGAGGGAGGGGUGGUGUUCGUCGUGAUGUGCAGGGAUUUUGUUUGUUCUCCUUUUUUCGAUGGUGUCCCCGAUAUGGUAGACUUGGAAUCAGCGUGUGCAAUUGUGUAGGUUUGAUGCCGGUGGCCUCGAAGACCGUGGAGCGAGCAGAGGGCAGCAGGUGAGGUGUAAAGCUCGCAGUCGGAGCAGAGCGAGCGAGGGAGGGGGAGGUGAAUUGAGGGGCGGAGUGCGCGAGGGUUGAAUUGCCGAGGUAGGGUAGCGUACGCGUUGUAGAUAGUGCACAGACGAUCAGAGUAGGAGGAAUUUGGAGAUGGUGAGUUGGAGAGGAGUAGAAUGCGCAGACAGAGAUGAAAAUCAGUGAGGUGUGUUGCUGCCCGAAGCACAGUGUAAUAUGAAUUCAGGGACGAUGAAAUGAGGGGUUAGGGAGGAUGCUGAAGGUAUGUGGUGAUAUGGGGGGAGAGGCCUCAGCGCGUCACAUGGAUACACUGUACGAACAACUUUCCAGACUGGUGGAGAGCAAUGAAGUCGCAGAUAAUCUUCAGGCUAUACAGAUUAUCAAUGAGCUCAUCGAUGUCCGACUGGGAGAGACAGCGACUAAAAUUGCAAAAUUUGCGGAUCAUCUGAAAAUGAUUUUCGAGGAAAAGCAAGACCCAGAAGUAAUGAAAGCUGCAAGUAUCGCGCUGGGACAUCUAGCCAGGGUUGGAGGAGCCCUCACAGCUGAUGUUGUAGAGUAUCAGGUCAGGCGUGCCCUAGAAUGGCUACAAGGUCAAGGCGAGCGUGCAGAGGCGAGACGUUUUGCUGCUGUCCUGAUUCUAAAGGAAAUGGCGGAAAAUGCACCAACGGUAUUUAACGUACAUGUAUCGGAUUUUAUUGAGGGUGUUUGGGUUGCGUUACGCGACCCAAAGUUAGCGGUCAGGGAAUGUGCUGUUGAAGCACUUAGAGCAUGCCUAUGUGUCAUCGAAAAGCGAGAAACUCGCUGGCGGGUCCAAUGGUACUAUAGAAUGUUCGAAAGGACUCAAGAUGGUUUAGGGAAGAAUGCAACUGUUGAGAGCAUUCAUGGCUCAUUAUUGGCUGUUGGCGAGCUUCUAAGGAACACCCGAGAGUUUAUGAUGUCACGAUACAAGGAAGUGGCUGAAAUUGUAUUCAAGUACAGGGACCACCGUGACCGCCUCGUGCGCCGCAGUAUUACUGCCUUACUUCCCAGGAUUGCAAAUUUUCUUCGAGAUCGAUUUGUCACUUCAUAUUUGAAGAUAUGUAUGGAACAUCUGUUGAAUGUGAUGCGCAACCCUGCGGAGCGUGCGAGCGGUUUCAUUGCUCUUGGAGAGAUGGCAGGAGCAGUUGGAAAAGAGUUGGUCCAAUACUUGGGUCAGAUCACUGUGUUGAUUCGUGAAGCGAUCUCGACUCGUAGGGGGAAACCUUCAAUGGAAGCGUUAGCCUGUAUUGGAAACUUGGCAGAGGCUCUUGGGUCAGACAUGGAGGAGUCUGUAAGAAGUUUGUUGGAACUUAUGUUUCAGUGCGGUCUGACGCCAACAUUAGUCGAUUCACUCAAGCAGAUCUCUUCUAGUAUGCCUUCCUUGCUUCCCCAGGUUCAGGAAAGGCUCCUGGAAUCAAUCUCACUUGUACUGGCGAAGGCUCCAUAUCGCCCUUCAAAAGCUGGAGCUCCUGUUCCCCGUAUUCCAUCUGCCCCUAGUACGCCUGUUGGCUCCGAAUAUGUUGGUCCCGCCUUGACUCAGCUAGCUCUUCAGACGUUGACCAAUUUUGAUCUACAGGGACAUGAGCUUCUUGAGUUCGCACGAGAAGCCGUAGUUCCAUACUUGGAGGAUGAGGAUGCUUUAACGCGUAGAAAAGCUGCUGUUUGCUGCUGCCGGCUCGUGCAACACUCUACCUUUACUGCUGGAGGGCCAGGUUCAUCUCGUUUGGUCACCCAUAGGAAUGGUCGUGCAUUUGGCAUGGGCUUUCGGAAGCGCCGUCUGCUCAUCGAGGAGAUUUUGGAGAAACUUCUUGUGGGAGCUGUUGCUGAUACGGACAGUGGAGUCAGAAAGUUUGUGUUAGUUGCUCUGCAGGAGAACUCAAGUUUCGACGAAUACUUAGCUCAAGCAGACAGUUUGCGAGCCAUAUUCAUCGCCCUAACAGAUGAGUCAUUCGAGGUGAGGGAACUAGCAAUUUGUAAAGCUGGCAAGCUGGCUGAUCAAAAUCCCGCAUAUGUUCUUCCCGCUCUCCGUCGUCAUUUGCAACAACUGUUAAUUGACCUAGAACACAGUGCAGACAGUAAAAAUCGUGAGGAGAGUGCGAAGCUCUUAGGUUGCCUCAUCAGAUCAUGCGAGCGUUUGCUUCUUCCAUACAUCGCCCCUGUGCUGAAGGCUUUGGUGGUGAAGUUGACUGAAGGAGUUCCUGCUAGCAGCAACAGUGGGGUUGUUACAGGAGUGCUGUCAACUGUUGGGGAGCUAGCUCGUGUUGGAGGUUGUGCAAUGAGGCCAUAUCUUGGCGAGUUGAUGCCUUUGAUUGUAGAAGCACUUUUGGAUGGGGCAUCUGCGAGUAAGAGAGAAGUUGCAGUCGCCACUUUGGGACAGGUGGUCGAAAGCACUGGGUAUGUGGUAGCUCCGUACACAGACCACCCACAGUUGCUAGGGCUUUUGCUACGGCUUUUAAAUGGAGAGUUGGCGUGGUCGACAAGGAGAGAAGUUUUGAAAGUUCUUGGUAUAAUGGGUGCCUUGGAUCCCCAUCUACACAAGCGCAAUCAGCUGUCUCUUCAGGGCUCUCACGGUGAAGGUGGUCGGACAAUAGCCAUGGAGAGUGGCCCUCACACCAGAUCACUGGAUGAUCUUCCUGUAGAAAUAUGGCCCUCAGGAGGUCUGUUUACGACCUCGGAGGAGUACUACCCGACUGUAGCAAUCAAUGCCUUGAUGCGGAUACUUCGAGAAUCUUCGCUGUCAAGUUACCAUCUGAAAGUUGUGGGAUCACUGAUGUAUAUAUUCAAGAAAAUGGGCCUUGGCUCUGUUCCAUAUCUUCCAAAGGUUCUGCCUGAUCUUUUUCACACCGUCCGGACUUGUGAAGAUAGCUUGCGUGAAUUUAUCUUUCGCUGCCUGGCAGCUCUGGUUUCCAUUGUGAGGCAGCACAUCAGAAAGUAUCUGCCAGAGCUUCUUAGCCUCAUUUCAGAUUUCUGGUCGUCUUUGAUGCUCCCCGUUUCAGGGCGUCCUUCGUUUGAUUCUCCGGUACUGAACCUGGUCGAGCACCUCUGUCUAGCUCUAAAUGAUGAAUUUCGAAUUUAUUUGCCGGAGAUUUUGCCACGCUGUGUCCAAGUUCUCACCGACGCAGAGCGCACCGGAAACUUCACCUACGUGUCUCCGGUGCUGCACACAUUCGAAGUAUUUGGCGGGAGUCUGGAUGAGCAUAUGCAUUUACUUCUCCCGGCGCUGGUUCGCCUCUUUCGACCAGAUGUUUCCAACGCCCCAAUUGAAAUUCGGAGUGCAGCCAUUAAGACACUAGCGCGGCUACUUCCACGUAUGCAGGUUUCAGGGCACGUAUCGGCUCUGAUGCAUCCAUUUUCUCGAGUACUGGAUGGGAACAUAGAUGAAUUGAGGAAAGAUUCGGUGGACGCAAUAUGUGCUUUAGCUGUGCCUUUGGGUACUGAUUUCGUUAUGUUCAUACCUUCAACUCGGAAAUUGCUUCAACGCCAUCGUAUCGUGCAUAAGCAGUUUGAUGAUAUUGAGGCCCGUCUGAAGAGGCGUGAGCCCGUCGUCUUGGAUAUGCUAAACUUUGAACCCGCUACUCCGCCCAAUUCUUUCAGUGAAGUUUUGAGUUCACCCAUGCAUUCGUUUCUGGGUUUGGAUUCUGAUGGCGAGCGCUACGACGAUGGUCUUGACUCAUCAGUUUCACUUAAGGUCAAUGAGGGUCAUCUCAAAAGUGCUUGGGAAUCUUCCCAUCGCAGUACCAAAGAGGACUGGACAGAAUGGAUGCGUCAUCUAAGCGUGGAGCUGCUAAAAGAGUCCCCUUCUCCAGCACUUCGCACCUGUGCGGGCCUUGCUCAGCUACAGCCUCAUGUAGCGCGAGAACUUUUCGCUGCUGGAUUUGUCAGCUGUUGGUCACAGCUAAACGAAAAUUACAAGAUGCAGCUAGUUCGCAGCCUUCAAAACGCAUUUUCAUCCCCUAACAUUCCUCCAGAAAUUCUCGCUACACUUCUGAAUUUGGCAGAGUUUAUGGAACAUGACGAGAAGCCCAUUCCUAUCGAUAUCCGCACUCUAGGGGCACUUGCGGAGAAGUGUCACCUCUAUGCCAAAGCACUUCAUUAUAAGGAAAUGGAGUUUGCUCAGGCGAUGGACAAAGACGCACAGCCAGAGACGGCUGUUGAGGCUCUCAUUCACAUCAACAAUCAACUGCAUCAGCACGAAGCUGCAAUGGGCAUUCUGGUCUACGCUCAAGAUCAUUUGAAUGUAGUUUUGAAGGAAACGUGGUAUGAGAAGUUACAACGCUGGGAGGAAGCGCUUGCUGCAUAUAAGACCAAGGCCGCCCAAGCCACACAUAUGUCCGACAGCAAGCAAGAGGCAAAUUUAGGGCAAAUGAGGUGCUUUGCUGCCUUGGCACGCUGGGAUGAGUUAAACAACCUUUGCCGGGAGUCCUGGGCCCCAGCUGAACAUGCCCGUCGAUUGGAGAUGGCUCCGAUGGCUGCAAGCGCUGCCUGGAACAUGGAAGAGUGGGAUGAGAUGGACCAGUACGUGUCAUGUCUUGAUGAUGGAAGUGAUCCGAACGUGCGAAUGUCAACCCAUUCUGCUACCGGGAGUGGUAGUGGGAGCAGUGAUGGAGCCUUUUUUCGAGCGGUCUUGUGCGUAAGGCGUCAAAAGUAUGAUGAAGCUAGAGUGUUCAUCGAAAACGCCCGUAACUGCCUUGCCACGGAGCUUGCCGCACUGGUGCUGGAAAGCUACGAUCGGGCAUAUAGCAACAUGGUGCGAGUUCAGCAACUCGCUGAACUUGAAGAGGUCAUAGAUUUCGUGACCCUUCCAUCCAAUGGAAGCCCUGAUGCCAGGGGUGCAUUGAUACGAAAAAUGUGGAGUGAUCGAAUUCUAGGCACAAAGAAGAAAGUGGAGGUUUGGCAAGCAUUGCUAGCAGUUCGGACGCUUGCACCACCUUUGAGAGACGAUAUUGAGACAUGGCUCAAGUUUGCAUCGCUGUGCCGUAAAAGUGGACGAUUGCGUCAUGCCAAAGCUUGUUUGGUUAAGCUAAUGCAGUAUGAUCCGGAACAUGAAUCAUCGAAGGACCUGCACUUCAACGGGCCACCCCAAAUCAUGCUGGCUUACCUCAAAUACCGUUGGGCCAAUCCUGAUGAACUACCCCGUCAAGAAACGUUCGAAAGGCUUCAGGUACUUUCACAGAAACUGAAUGCAGAGUUGGUCGAGCUUCAGUACAGUAGUAACAUGGCCUACACCAAUACUCCAACCUCUGUCAACGGUGCAGUCAUUUAUCCAGUCUCUUCAGGUGCUGUCAGUGGCGCUACUGGAUCAGCAAUCCCCUUGCUGGCACGUGUGCAUCUAAAGCUUGGAACCUGGCGAUGGAACCUUAAUCCCACUUUGAACGAUUCUUCGAUAAAAGAAGUUCUGCGAGCUUUCAGGAAUGCAACGGACUUAGCAAGAGGCUGGUCUAAAGCUUGGCAUAAGUGGGCACUCUUUAACACAGCAGUUAUGUCGCACUAUACGAAGCUCGGCGAGUUGAAGAUUGCAGCCCCUCAUGUUGUCCAGGCUGUAACAGGCUAUUUCUGCUCAAUUGAGCAUGCAUCAGCAACCAAGGGAGGUGACGACAGCCUGCAGGAUAUUCUGAGGUUGCUUACUCUGUGGUUCAAUCACGGCUCCUGCCCGCAAGUCCAAGAAGCUCUGCAAGAUGGGUUUACACGUGUGAAUAUAGAUACAUGGCUCGUAGUGUUACCUCAAAUUAUUGCCCGAAUUCAUUCUAAUACGGUCGCCGUUCGAGACUUGAUUCAACAACUUUUGGUCAAGAUUGGUGAAGAGCAUCCUCAGGCGCUUAUGUAUCCUUUGCUUGUGGCCUGCAAAUCUAUAAGUUCUAUACGUCGCACCGCCGCGCAGCAAGUUGUGGAUAAAGUUCGUCGACACAGUAAUCGCCUGGUAGAGGAGGCACAGAUGGUUUCCAAGGAGUUGAUAAGGGUUGCAAUUCUGUGGCAUGAGAUGUGGCACGAGGCUCUUGAGGAAGCAAGUCGCCUUUAUUUUGGAGAGCGGAACCCCGAGGGAAUGCUCAACGUCUUGGCCCCACUUCAUGCAACAUUAGAAAAAGAAGGUCCAGUGACCAGUAACGAACAGUCUUUUGUGCAGACGUACGGCCGGGAACUUGCAGAGGCAAAUGAGUGGUGCAUGAAGUAUCGUCGCACCGGCAAGGAAGCUGAACUUACUCAGGCAUGGGAUCUCUACUAUCAUGUUUUUAAGCGUAUAAACAGGCAACUUCCAAGUCUCACUACUCUUGAGCUACAGAAUGUAUCUCCGGAGCUGGUAUCUGCAGGUCCGCUGGAGAUUGCUGUCCCAGGAACGUACAGAGCAGGAGCGGAGGUGGUGACAAUCUCAGGAUUCGCCCCUCAGUUGAUUGUGAUAACGUCAAAGCAGCGCCCGCGCAAAUGUACCAUACAUGGCAGUGACGGUGUCGAAUAUGCAUUCCUUCUCAAAGGCCACGAAGACUUACGGCAAGAUGAACGGGUUAUGCAGUUGUUUGGGCUGGUUAAUACCUUAUUGGCCAAUUCUCGACUGACAGCGGAGAAGGAUCUGUCGAUACAACGAUACUCAGUCAUACCAUUGUCGCCUAAUAGUGGUCUUAUUGGGUGGGUUCCCAAUUGUGACACCUUGCACCAGCUGAUUCGCGAGUACCGCGAUGCCCGGAAGGUUGCUGUAAACAUGGAGCAUCGUCUUAUGGUGGCAUUUGCCCCGGAUUAUGAGCAUUUGACACUGAUGGCGAAGGUAGAAGUGUUCGAGCAUGCGUUGGAUAGUACGUCUGGUAACGACCUAGCCAAGGUUCUAUGGUUGAAAAGUCGGAGCUCUGAGGUUUGGCUCGAUCGUCGCACCAACUACACGCGUAGCCUGGCUGUUAUGAGCAUGGUUGGUUAUCUGCUAGGUCUGGGUGACCGACAUCCUAGCAACUUGAUGUUGGAUCGAUUCAGCGGGAAGAUUCUACACAUCGAUUUUGGCGAUUGCUUUGAGGCGUCCAUGAACAGGGAGAAGUUUCCGGAAAAGGUACCCUUCAGAUUGACACGAAUGCUUGUCAAAGCUAUGGAGGUUAGUGGAAUCGAGGGUAAUUUCAGAUCAACUUGUGAGAGCGUUAUGCAAGUUCUUCGGACGAAUAAAGAUAGUGUGAUGGCUAUGAUGGAGGCAUUUGUGCAUGACCCGUUGAUUAACUGGAGGUUAUUUACGCUGAACGAAGUUGCCCCACACUUAUCAACGCACCCUGGGAGACAUAACCAAGCGGGUGGAACCAUGGACGAAACUGCAAGCACAAUAAAUGUAUCCUCACCUUUUCCUGGACGUGUUGCCCGAGAGCGUGAAUUGUUGCAGGCUGUUGGACAGUUAGGAGAUGCGAAUGAAGUUCUAAUUGAGCGUGCGCUGGCUGUAAUGACCCGUAUGAGCAACAAACUCACGGGGCGAGACUUUCCUAUACAAGAUGAGUCGGGGUUAUCGGUGAAACUUCAAGUGGAUAAGCUAAUCACACAGGCCAGAUCUCCAGAAAAUCUUUGCCAAAGUUAUGUUGGAUGGUGUCCUUUCUGGUAGUUGUCGAAUUCGUGCGGCAUUAUGGACACGGCAGGUGCAGCUGUCGCAUUGCCGAAUCGAUUUUCAGGAGCCCAAAAUUUCGACGCUCCACGUGUCCAUGAAGUCAGCUCAGCUGCUGAUCAGCACAACAUAGUCCCAAAGAUACGUUAACCAACGUUGUAUUUGAAACUUCCAAGGCUACUCGGUGGCCUUUUGAGGCUACGCCCGUAGAAGCUGGUGAUGUGGAGGACAGAUGAUGAUGACAAAAGCAUUACAGCUUGGAGGGCGGAUGGGCUUCGCGUCCUGCGAGAAAUCCCCUCUUCGUUUCUUCAUCAUUUAGGAAGGAAGCUCCUUCUUUCAAGAUCUCGUUCAUAUUCAGCGACUCAUGAGGCCAUCUGUACACUCUUCAUAAGAGAACAAUAGACAGCCGUCAGGAGAGAGGGCCGGAUGAGGGAUGUGUCAGAGCAGCUGAUCUGCACACCAAUGUAGAUAUGUUGUACAUAAUGCUCAGCCGUGCAAGUGAGAAAAUGUGGCCCCUUUAUUAGAUCAGGAGUAUCAGCGCGGAUGUCAGUGGAGUUUGUACCGCAAUCACAAGCCACAUCAAUCGAUGGAGAGAGUGUCUUCAGAAUAUUCUCUACGCUUCAGAUGUAGAGAGUCUUCUGGUUAAAGUUGGCACUCAAAAGAUUGCACUCGAUGGAGGAAGUUGCAGUAUUGAGUGUCGUGGGGAAGUGCCUUCUUGAUGACAAGUACUCCGUCCCGUCAAGUUUUCAUCAAACCGCCUCGGAGAGGAGAAGGCGCUAGGAGGCUCAACUUGGUGGUGCCACAAUGCGGUCGGAGGUCUACUCGGAUACUAAAUUAAACUGGGCAUAAAUGAAGGUCAUGUUUGGCACCAACAAUUUGUGGCUAGGGACAAAUCUUGAAGAUGCAGACUAGGAUUGUUUGUCAGCAUCUUGUACAGUAAAUGAUUCAAAUUCUUUUGUACGCAAUUCAUUAUGUAAAGUUCUAUGCUGGAAACGUUGUGCCAUAAUUGCGCGGCAUAACCAGCCAUGAAUACCUUUCAAGUUUUCAAGCUGAGGGCUACAUUUCUGUCCGAGGGACUAGAC